UCCAUGUCAGCUGAUUUUCCAUCUCAGUCAAUUUACAACUUUACAAAUUUCCAUGUCAACCAAUUUCCAUCUUCCAUGUCAGCUGAUUUCCAAUUUCCGUGUCAGCCAAUUUCCUAUUCCAUGCCGGCCAUCCUCCGCUAUUCCGUAUGCCUGUUCCCAUUUCCCCGUGCUGCCCAUUCCCCGCCCUGGCCUCCCGUUCGCCCCUUCCUGCAUGGAGCAGCACCAGGCCCAGCGCCCGCCGCCGCCGGAUUUGUCUUGGGGCGCGCCGCCCGGGCCACCCACAAAAACAAGCUACUAGGCGAGUCUCGGCAAACCCCCUAACCGCCCGACACACAACCAACGAACAAAAUCCAGCCCACAAAAUCCAGCCCACAAAAUCCAGCCCACAAAAUCCAGCCCACAAAAUCCAAACCAAUCCACAAAAGCAGCCCUCAAAAUCCAACCCACAAAAUCCAACCCACACACUAACAAGAAACAAAAACCAAAAACCCAACCCCAAAAACCACACCCGCUUCAAGCGGCGGCUCGAAUACCCCAGGCCGCCUGGGCCCGGCACGACCUGAGCGCCCGCGACCCAGGGCAGGCACAACGGCCGCACCGGCCCGCCCGCCCCGCGCGCGCGGCGCUGUGUGCAGGCGCCCGCCUUCUUUCUCUAGCGGCGUGACCGAUCGGGCCCGCGCGCAAAUCCUGGCCCGCGGCCGAUGGACUACUAGGCCAGC